CAUCACUGCGCCUUUCUACCACAGUGGGUCUCAGCGCAGUGCUGCAAGGUAAGGUAGUGCGGAGGUAGCUGUCUGGUGGGGGCUGGGAUGCGAGGACUGCGAGGGAUAGCUGCGCUGGUGCAAGCUGAAGUGACGCAACGUUGGCCUUUUCCUAAUUGUGUUUGAUAGGUAGAGUGAGUGGAUGUAUUAUUAGGCCGCUAUGCUCAGAGUUCAUUAUCAGUCAGUGAGUGGCUUGGGCUGUUAUAUGAGUAUAAAUAUUUUAUUAAUUUGGGUGAGGGGAUGUUGGACUCUAUGGUAAUUAAAGGACAACUGUCACCUCAAAACUUGUUUUAAUAUAAUAAUCCUUUCAUCAAGUAUUAAAAGGAAAUAUAGAUAUUUAUUAAGUAUAUAUUAAAAAAUGAGAAGCACUUAUCCCCGGAUCCUUAUACAGCGGGUAUCAGGCAGUAAAUACAGAUUGUCAGUCUAUAUGGGCUUCCUUGAUUCUGCCCAUGUAACGGUAGCAUUGAGGGUUUUAAAAAAAAAAAAAAAAAAAUGUUUUAACAUCUACUUCAUUUAAAAAUAUUGGUUUCUUUUUAAUACUCGAUUAAAGAAAUAUAUUAAAGGACCACUAUAGUGCCAGGAAAACAUACUUGUUUUCCUGGCACUAUAGUGCCCUGAGGGUGCCCCCUCCUCCGAUCCUCCCAUUCGGCUGAAUGCGCACGCGCGGCAAGAGCUGCGCGUGCAUUCAGCCGGUCGCAUAGGAAAGCAUUUACAAUGCUUUCCUAUGGACGCUUGCGUGCUCUCACUGUGAUUUUCACAGUGAGAAUCGCGCAAGCGCCUCUAGCGGCUGUCAAUGAGACAGCCGCUAGAGGAAUUGGAGGAAGGAUUAACCCAUUUGUAAACAUAGCAGUUUCUCUGAAACUGCUAUGUUUAUAAAAAAAAAAAUGGGUUAAUCCUAGCUGGACCUGGCACCCAGACCACUUCAUUAAGCUGAAGUGGUCUGGGUGCCUAGAGUGGUCCUUUAAGAAUAGUUUUCAGAUAACAGUUGCCAUUUAGCUGGUGCCUUUUAAAUAAGUUUCUAUAGUAGCGAUGCACAGGGACAUUUUUUUUUUUUUUUUUUUUGAGGUUGAAAAUGUUGGAUAGAGGUGCUGAAAGUUAGGAACGUUAGUGCAACCCAUUCUAUAGUAGUGAUGGCUGUGGCGAAACCAACCUCGCCACUGUGAACUGGAGAAGCCUGGUUGCUCACCUGCUCCCUUUGGACUAUGGCCCUGCAGGUUAAACCGUUUAUUUCCCCUGCAGAAAGGCUUAUUUGUGUGAUCUGAGUGCCAUUCAUCUAAUAAUGUGCACUCAGAUCCCAGCUAUCUGGGGAUAUGUGAAAUGUCUGUGUGUUAUGUGUAAAUGUGACUUUAUGUAUUUUAAAGUGUUUUGUGUCUUUUUGCAACCAUGUGCUUAAUGGAGUCUUGUGUCUGUCCUGGGAGAUAAUUGAAUUACUCUCCAGGAUAGAAGACUCUGAAACUGGUUUGGGCCAGAAAGCCAUGCUUCAUUUAGUCACAAAGGACUUUCCCUUAACUUUUGAACCCCUGGUCUGAUUAGUGCAAUUUUUUAAUAUGUUGUUCCCCUGAAUGGAUUGAUUAUGAAAAUGUAUGUUUUAUGUUUGUGACAUGUAUAUUUUAGAAGUUAGAAAUAUUGUGUAAAAACUGUAUUCCUCUGCCGGUGAUAAUGAGAUUACCCAUUGUGUUCAGUAAUCAUAUCACCUGCAGAGGGGAGGAUUUUGUGUGGGAGUGUCUGGGUGUAUUGUACGGAUUGAUUGGUUGUUUUGUAACGCCCUGUGGGCUGUACUAUGUUUGUGGAUUGGGAAUAAAAGAGACUGUAUGUGACAGUACAGGGAGUUCCUGUUUUAACCCUCAAAGUGAAGUGUCGUCUCAUUAUUGGGGGAAGGAUUUAUUGUAUGCUGUUCCAGUUUGACUGCUAGGAGAGUAAACCUAUUCGUAUGGUUCCUAUUCAACUGUCUACAGCAUUCUUAUGCUUGAGAGAAGGUAUACGCUUCUCUGGUUCGGUGAUUGUGGUGUCUGCUGCAGUGCUUGGAGUCCUCAGGAAGCGCUAGGAGCAUCUUUCAACGGAGGUACCCAGUCGGGGUGCCAGACGAUCCGUUACAAUGGCUUAUCAUGGUACAUGUCCCAAAAUGCCCAUCUGGGGAGCCAAGGAUGGUCAUCACUGAGCUGUGGGUUCAUGUUAACAUAACACUUUGCAAUGAAGCGAUUCAACAUAGAAAAUACAAAACUCUUCCCUGUUGUCAGACAUUGGAGGAAUUGAUAUAGACUAUAUAAUGCACACAACGCCUAGACACUUUCCGAACUAUUUUGUUUGAGAUUCAUUUAGAUGUACACAUUUUCUGUCAAAUAGAUUUGAUUUUUAUUCAUAUUUUUUGACAAUUUAUAAUAUUCCUUUUCAUGUAAAUAGUUAAAGGACCACUAUAGACACCCAGACCACUUCAGCUUAAUGAAGUGGUCUGGGUGCCAGGUCCAUCUAGGUUUAACCCUUUUUGCUGUAAACAUAGCAGUUUCAGAGAAACUGCUAUGUUUACAUUAGGGUUAAUCAAGCCUUUAGUGGCUGUCUCAUUUUCACAGUGAGAAGAGUGAUUUUCACAGUGAGAAGACGCCAGCGUCCAUAGGAAAGCAUUGAGAAUGCUUUCCUAUGGACUGGCUGAAUGCGCGCGCGGCUCUUGGAGGCGAAAAGGAGGAGGAGAGUUCCCUGCGUCGAGGGAGCCCGGCGGGGGAAAACAGGUAAGAUUUAAUUCCUUACACCUCUCAAGCUCGGCUGGAGGGGGGCUCUGAGGGUGGGACCUAGAGACCCUGUAGUGCCAGGAAAACGAGUAUGUUUUCCUGGCACUAUAGUGGUCCUUUAAUCUAGGUAGUAAAUCUGUGGAAGAAGGUAAGCAAGCUAAUGGGUAUCAAAACAGUUUAAUUGGUCACAAUUUACCUUUUAAAAGAGAACUCACUUCCCAGUACUUAUAGACAAAUACGUGUUUUUGAAAGAAAAAAGUUACCACAUUCAUACCAAUAUUUUCCUUUACCGGUGAUGGACCAUGGCAACACUACUUCAGGGUUAGCUCCACCCACUACUCCCAUUGGACAGGAAAUACAAUAAUUCAUUAUAAAUACAUCCCCUAUGGCCAGGUCACCCUAGUUAAUAACGAACCACACAAAACAGGAUGGGGCGUAGUGCUGCCAUGACACAUCACAAGGAGAGGAAAAUAUCGGUAAAUAUGAGGUACAUUUUCUCCUUUCCCAGCCAUAGCAGCACUACACAUGGGUCAUAUCCAAGCAAAAAAAAAAAAGACAUGGGAGUGAAAGAAAGAAAAAGCACACCAAGGAAAUGUUGCUAAAGGUAAUAUAUAUAUAUAUAUAUAUAUAUAUAUAUAUAUAUAUAUAUGUCAAAAUCCUGAUGCGAAAGGACUGCUUUGCCAAAUUGUGAAUCCUUAGAGGAUCUAAGGCAGUCAUGUCCAAAGUGCGGCCUUCGUUCCAGUUUAAUACGGCCCCACAGGUAAUUUGGCUAAUCUAUCUGUUGUGGCUCCCCGUGAAUCCCCGAGCGCCGCUCAGGAUCCCUGGAUCUUUGAACGCCACGGUCCUGAGCGGCGCGCGGGCAUUCACUGGGGGCCAAGAGAUCGCGAGAACCCAGAUGGACGUGCAGUCACUGCUCGUCCUCAGUCUGUGUUCUCGCGAUCUCUUCGACGUCGCAGGAUUUGGUUCCUUCUCCCUGGAGGGACAGAAUGAAGGGAGACAGCAUGAAAGAGAGACAGACAUAAUAAAGAGAGACAGAGACAUAAUAAAGAGAGACAGAGACAUAAUAAAGAGAGACAGAGACAUAAUAAAGAGAGACAGAGACAUAAUAAAGAGAGACAGAGACAUAAUAAAGAGAGACAGAGACAUAAUAAAGUGAGACAGAGACAUAAUAAAGUGAGACAGAAUGAAAGAGCGAGAGACAUAAUAAAGAGAGACAGAAUGAAAGAGCGAGAGACAUAAUAAAGAGAGACAGAAUGAAAGAGAGAGAGACAUAAUAAAGAGACAGAAUGAAAGAGAGAGAGACAUAAUAAAGAGAGACAGAAUGAAAGUGACAGGGACAUAAUAAAGAGAGACAGAAUGAAAGAGAGAGAGACAUAAUAAAGAGAGACAGAAUGAAAGUGACAGGGACAUAAUAAAGAGAGACAGAAUGAAAGAGAGAGAGACAUAAUAAAGAGAGACAGAAUGAAAGAGAGAGAGACAUAAUAAAGAGAGACAGAAUGAAGAGAUGAAAUGAAAAGUAUGCCAUUUGCAAUAAACUUUGCAUAAAAUAGUUAAUUUGCAUUUAAUUUUAAUGUUUCAAAGAAUGUCAGGCAAAAUGGUCGGCCCUCACGCAUAUUCACUUCAUCAAAUCUGGCCUUCUUUGAAAAAAGUUUGGACACCCCUGAUCUAAGGUCUAGUUGAUAGGGACGGAUAAAAGUAUGUUGAGAAGACCAUGUAGCUGCCCUACAAAUCUGGUCUGUAGGAACAUGUGCAACAGCUGCCCAGGAAUCUGAUAAUGCCCUUGUGGAUUUGCCUUCAAACCUUGGGAUACCGGAAUCUGCUUUGCCUCACAAGCUUUAGAAAUAGCUGUCACAACACAUUUGAAGAUAGUUAUGACGGAUGCUCUGUCACCUUGCUUACAAACUCCUAACAGUAUAAAGAGUCUGGACGACUUCCUCCAAUCACUAGCUCUGUUGAGAUAGACAUCUCACAACAUCUAGAUAAUAAAAAUUGAAGAAGUUAAGAAAACUGUAAGAACAAUAUUUUGAUUGAGGUGGAAAGUUGACAUCACUUUAGGUUUAUAUUCUGGUUCAAUCCCCCACACAAAAUAAAGAUGUGAAAACAUUAUCUGAGGAAAGAGUCUCUCUCUAGCUCUGAUACUCUGACCAGAAGCAAGUACCACCAAAAACACUUUAUUUUGUGUUGGCAUCAUGAUAGGAAUUUCUUCCAAAAGCUGAUAUGGAGCUGAUUGAAGGGCUGAAAGCACCAAUGGUAAGUCCUAAGGUGGAAAGAUGGAUUUCAAUGGGUGGCUGAUUUGUAGCACUGAUCUAAUAAAUUUUGCUACAUUUGAAUGCAAAGGCCACCCGAACCCUGAAAUAGCUGAAACCUCUUCCUGAAACCUCUUCCUUAAGGCCAAUACAAACCAUUGUGUGGAAAUCUAUUCACAAACCGGACUUUACAUAGGACACGAGGCCAUGUGUUUAGACUGGAAGAAAGAAGAUUUUGUCUAUGGCAAAGGAAAGGUUUUUUUACUGUAAGAACAAUCCGGAUGUGGAAUUCUCUGCCUGAAUAAGUGGUUUUAUCAGAGUCCAUACAGAUGUUCAAACAGCUACUAGAUGAAUACUUGCAAAAACAGAAUAUUCAAGGAUAUAAUCUUUCAAUGUAGGGUAAUAACUGCUUGAUCCAAGGAUAAAUCUGACUGCCAUUCUGGGGUCAAGAAGGAAUUUUUUUUCCUAGCUUGUUGCAAAAUUGUGCUUCAAACUGGUUUUUUUUGCCUUCUUUUGGAUCAACAGCAAAAACAAAUGUGAGGAAUGCUGAACUUGAUGGACGCAAGUCUCUUUUCAGCUAUGUAACUAUAUGUAACUAUGAUAUCGUUGUCUAGGCCUGGGCUGGGCAAUCUUCGGCCCUCCAGAUGUUAUGGACUACCUCUCCCUUGAUGCUUUGCUAGCAUUAUGGCCCUAAGAGCGUUAAAGGAGAUGUAGUCCAAAACAUCUGGAGGGCCGCAGAUUACCCACCCCUGGUCUAGGCGUUACUGAAGGAAACUUAAUAAUUCUGCUGCAGCAAACGCCAAAAGUGAAGCACCUCUAUCGGCUCUAAUGAGGUAGUUUUCCUUCUAGCAUGCAACGAGCAAAAACAAAUAUUGUGCAAGAGAGUACUGAGAACAGACAACAGCUCAAACAGCUUGCCCUUUUGGUGGGUCCCUGCUUAGAUCUCAAGCUGGUUUUAGCUCAUCUUGUGCCAUUAUAAAAAAAUCCAGGCAAUUUGCAUAUCAGAGUGAUCCCACCCUAAAGCUGGUUUUAGCUCAUGUUUUGCCACCUAUAGUUUCAUGCAAUGACCUUGGACGUAUGGAUGCAAGUGUUGCAAAUGUUCCUAAAUUGCCAUACUAGAUGAUUUUUCCCUCAGCGACUUUGGCUAUUUUUACUGGACAAAUGAGAUAUCUGUAUGGGUUCCCUAGCCUGAGAGCCAUGCAUCAUGCCUAUUUUCUUGAGUAGAACUCCAUUGAACAGAUUUGCCCCCACCAGCCACCAUUUCAGGGAGUUUUUUACUCUUGUUGAUACAUUCAUCUUCAGAUUAAGAGAUUGGUUCCUGAAUUGAGAGGGAGGAAUUUUGAGAAACUCUUAAAUGUCAUCUGGCACACGUUGUCAAACCAUAUUGUAGAUUUAAGGGAUCCCAGGAGACUUAAAGCCACAUGAAGAGGAUCUAUAGGAUUUUAGUUUUCAGUGUGGGAGCCUUCUGAAAGGGGAAUCAAUCCUUCUCUCCUGUUGAACAUGGCUCUUAAAUAGAUACUCCGUUGAGAGAACAAGUUGGCUUUUCUUUAAAUUCGUCACCCAUUCAUUCUUUUCAAGGAUAAUUCUUGCCAUGUUGCGAUGAGGCACCAGCGUUGACUGAUUGUUUGCCAUCACAAGGCUGUUGUAAACCCCCUUGAAGCCAAAUCUCUGCAAUCAGGAAAACCAUGACCUUCGAGAAGACUCUGGACGCUAAACAUAGGCCAAAGGAGAGGGCCCUGAAUUGUCAUUAAAGCAGAAUCUUAAAUAUCUCUGAUGUUAUCUGGCAAUAAUCUUCAUGUGGUGCUGAAAUAAGUUUGUUUUACUUACCUGCACAAAGUUCCAGUGGAUUUCAUACCUAUAGCUCAUCACUAUAUUCUGGAAGCUGCCUUGGAGUGCUUUCAAUUUGAUCAUGGUUAUUUUGAGCAGUGGUUUAUCUGCUCUGUGUUUGUGAGUGACCAUUAUUCCCUCCUUUAUAUUUAUUGCUAAAGGUUUUAUACAAUGUUGGCUUUUGGUCCCUCUUUUUAUACAUGCUGAUGUCGAUUUGAUUCCAUAUUAUUGUAAAUGCAAUCUCAAUCUCUGUGUAUAGGCUUUUUUUAUAAUAUUUAUAUAUUUAGACUGCACACUUUGUGAAGCAUGUAAUUUAAAGGCACAGGGCACAUUAUGCAUGUAGUUCAAUAAAAUAAAACGGUCAUACAAAUGUGUGUACAGGAAAACGAACUGGGUGGGGUGAUUUUGGCCAUUGAAGAGUUAUUUAUAGACUAAUUCUAUUUUUAUUGUCAAGUGGGUGGAGCUAACCAUGGAAGAGUGCUGCCAUUCUUGGGAAAUAAAAUUAAGUUCAGAAAUAAGUAUUGCUUAUCCUCUGAGUUUCACAAACUUGGAUCCCUGUCAAUUAUUGUUUUAAGCACUGUCCUUUUUUACGUCACUCCAGAGCUCCUUAUACUCUCACCAUCACUCUGCCAUUCCGGAUCGACAUAUAUCCCUAGGUGGGGAUUGUUCCACCUAAAGCUCCAUACACUAGAGCAGAUCAUUGCUCUAGCAAAUGUAAGUAGGUCUAAUAUUAUUUACUUAUCCUACUUUUACAUACGUACUGUACCAUUGGUAUACAUCCUUAUUUUUUUCAUAUGAUGAACCGUACUACCUUGGGAAUCUGAUACCAGCAAAAAUAAAUCCUUAGAUGGGGAUUGUUCUGUCCAGGCUCCUAAAAUAGAGCUUUUUAAGCUCUUCAAAACGUGAGUGCCCCUUUGGAAUAUAUCUUUAUCACCAUAUUAUUCAUAACAUACUACACUAUCAUUGUACUUUUAUUUCCUUUUUUUUUUUUUUAAGAGUAAGAAACAUAAUAGCGAAAUCUGCUGCUUCCUUUGUAUGUAUGAUUUUAUUAUAAUAAUUCUUAGCGCUGUCCACCUAAUUUACUAGCUUGUUUUGUUCUAUUGUUCACAAGGUAAAAGGAACUCCUUGUUGGUAAAUAGCUGCUUUAUUGGAUAGAGAGCACUUAUCACUUUUUUCUAUCUGUCCUUUUUUACGAAGCAGUUAGCAGGUAGGCAUACAAAAAUUAAAUUAAAGGAACACUAUAGUCACCUAAAUUACUUUAGCUAAAUAAAGCAGUUUUAGUGUAUAGAUCAUUCCUCUGCAAUUUCACUGCUCAAUUCACUGCCAUUUAGGAGUUAAAUCACUUUGUUUCUGUUUAUGCAGCCCUAGCCACACCUCCCCUGGCUAUGAUUGACAGAGCCUGCAUGAAAAAAAAACUGGUUUCACUGUCAAACAGAUGUAAUUUACCUUAAAUAAUUGUAUCUCAAUCUCUAAAUUGAACUUUAAUCACAUACAGGAGGCUCUUGCAGGGUCUAGCUAGCUAUUAACAUAGCAGGCGAUAAGAAAAUCUUAAUUAAACAGAACUCGCAAUAAAGAAAACCUAAAUAGGGCUCCCUUUACAGGAAGUGUUUAUGGAAGGCUGUGCAAGUCACAUGCAGGGAGAUGUGACUAGGGUUCAUGAACAAAGGGAUUUAACUCUUAAAUGGCUGAGGAUUGAGCAGUGAGGCUGAAGGGGCAUGUUCUAUACACCCAAACUGCUUCAUUAAGCUAAAGUUGUUCAGGUGACUAUAGUGUCCCUUUAAGAAAUGUUUGCAUUUGUCUUUGUCAUGUGUGAUGUGUUCCCUGGCAGUGCCUGAACUGAACUGGAUUUUGAUGUCUUUUGCAACAUCUUUAAGGGAACACAUCAAUCACAAUAACCACUACAGUGUGCUAUUGUGGUUAUGGUGCCAGGAAAGCCCUUUCUCCCCUGAAUGUAAAACGUCAUGCCUUUAGUAAAUGAUUGAAUUCUUACCUGGGAUUUGCUGGCUGCUGCUGCUUUCCUCUCUGGAUCUGCCUCCAAAGCUGGAAGCUCUCAGCUUUGAGCUAAGUCCAGUUGUGCAAAACUUAGUUCAUUGCCUGAGAGCAAUCAGCUCAUGCACUAUACCAAUGAUCUCGUCCGGCACUACAGGACUUGGCUCAGAAUUGCUACUGGAAGCUCUUUGCUGAAGCUUCUGGCUGAGAAGAGGCAGGGAACAGCACCUGGCAGACCCCAGGAAGAAGUCAGACCAUUCAAUAACGGUUUGACUAUUUAAAUUGGAGCUAGGGCAUUGGGACACUCUACCAUAACUGCUACAGCACAUUGUAGUUGUUAUGGUGCUUGGAGUAUUCCUUUAAUGUAAAUUAAAAUGAAAAUAUAACAUUAGAUUAAAAGGUUAACACAAGUUGUAGGUGAUUUUUAAUAUUUUACCAUUCCCAUUAAACAUUUUUUUUCAAGCUUUUUUUCUUUGUUUUUUUUCUUUGUAGAUGAAAUACUUACAAGAAAAGGGCAAAAUUGCUGAAAAAAAAAGCAAAGUAAUCAUAUAAAUAUUUUCUUUGAUCAAGGAUGCUUCCUCCAGCAAGGUACCAUGAGCUUUUAAAUUAUUUUUGCAUGUUGCCAUUUCACAAAGGAGUUCCAUGUAAACUAAAGAAGCAAAUGGAGAGUGAUGGGCACAGAGUUAAUGUUGAGCUAAUUGGAUAAAGGUACAGAAGAAAGAACUAAAGCCAAAGUUUUAUCAACAAGAAGGGACUUUAACUGUUUGUUCAGUUUAAUUUGACUUAAUUCAUUUCAGUUUGUCUCAUAGAAUUCUCUAAUGAUUGAAGUGAUACUGCAUUGAGUUGAACAAGUCCCAACUAUGUUCACUUGGAUCUCGUUACAGCUGGGAGAUUUCAAAUAGAAACUAAACAGCAAUCAAAUGAUACUGAUAUCAGGAAAGGAGAUGUAGUUAAAUUAAAGAUUGGGUUGGGAUAUCAGUAAGAGUUGUUAGGGUAGCUUUAUUGCCUUAGUGCAAUCCCCCUAAUCUGUAUCCAUGGGUAUUAGAUUUAACAAGCAGAAUACAUAGUAGUGUUGCAUUUCAGGUGUUUGUGAAUAGCAGAAUUAGCAAUCUUAUGCGAGUUUUACGUACAUUUUAAUGAAUUGCAAAAUUGUAGUUUCCAAAUAUGGCUGGGAUAAACCAAUUUUUCAUUUGUAAAUCGCAAAAUGGGUUUCUUUUACAUAGUAAACGUUCAGUUGAAAUCUCAGAAUUUGUACAACCAUAUAUUGUUCAGCGUUUGAAUAUACCUUUUAAUGUUUUGUUUAUGUUUAACAAUCAGUGUUCUAUUUUAGGAGGCAAAAGAAACUGAACAAACAAAAUUACUCUGCGAGGAAAAAAUAAAAUGGAUAUGUGUAAAAGGGGAUCAUGUGCACAAGAUGAUUUGGAUGUUUUGCUUAUUGACAGUAGAGGGGUUCCUUAUACUAUGAGUGAGAAAAGUAAAUCUCAUUGUGUCAAUGAGUCACCAAUUAAAUGCAAAAAACAAACUGCAUGUCACGCUCAGGCAAAUGAGAAAGAUUACAAUUCUAAGUUUAAGAGAGAAGACAAAAGUUUAAAGUGUACUGACUGUUCAAAGCGUUUUAAAUGGCCAUCUCAUUUAAAGCAUCAUAUGCGGAGUCAUACCAAUGAAAGACCUUUUAAGUGCACUGUUUGCCCAAAGACCUUCAAGGAUCCACAUAAGCUUAAUAGACAUCAGCAAAUCCACCCACAGUUUAAAAAAGACAUGGUGUAUUGGAAGCUAUACAAGUGCAAUAUUUGUGAUAAGAACUUCAAGUAUCCCUCUGAUCUUGAUAAACAUAACUUAAUACAUACAGGUGAGAAACCAUUUAAAUGCCCUAUAUGUGGUGCAGGCUUCAGACGUUUUGACCAUUUGAAAAGGCAUAAUUUUGUUCACUCUGGUGAUCGACCUUUCAAGUGUAGUGUUUGUGCAAAAGGCUUUGUGGAAGCCACUGAACUACUUAAACAUGAACGAACCCACACUGGGAAUAAACCUUACCAGUGCACCUUUUGUGAAAAGAGCUUUUACCAUUUACGGAGCUUAAAGGAGCAUGCAGCUGCAAAGCACGGUUUAGGAGCACUAGAGAUGAAAACAUUGUUUAGAGAUAUCCGCAGCAGAAUUGCUGCUGCAAAGGGAAGCACCCAAUACUCUAGUGAAACAUCCACAAGGACUGGAAAAAACAGACUGGAACUAGAGAACUCUGAAUGUAUCUCUACAGAAGACAGCCCAAAUGAGAUCGUUGUAUGUCUUUCUGAUGAUGAGAGUGAAUCUGACACAAAUAUUAAAGACAAAGAAUGCUGGAAAAUGUAUUAAUGUAUGUGUUAGAUAUGUGUGUUUAUUAUUACAGUCUAAGGCAGGCUUCCCCAAACUCUGGCACUCCAGAUGCUACUGAACUACACCUCCCAUGAUUCUAUGAGUGAAAUAGGCUGAGAAUCAUUGAGUUGUAGUUCAGCAACAUCUGUAAGGCUGGGAUUUGGGGAAGCCUGGUCUAGGGUGUUAAAUAGUAACAAAAUGCAACUUUCUUUCUGCUUAAAAGGACAGUAUAAACAUGUUUUCCUAAUGCCAUAGUGUUCUUUUCACUAUUUAGAUUAUCUGGCACACCUGUGAGCAUUUAAAGGAUCACUAUAGUGUCAGUAAAACAAAGCGGUUUUCCUGACACUAUAGUGCCCUGAGGGUGCCCCCACCCUCAGGGUCCCGCUCCCGUGGCGCUGAAAGGGUUAAAACCCCUUCAGCAGCUCCCUCGGCGCUUGUGACUUCUCCUCCCCCGCUGACGUCAGCUCCCAAAUCCGACGUCAGCAGAGCUGAAUGCGCAUGCAAUUCUCAAUGCUUUCCUAUGGAUGCUCUGCGUGAUGGAGGCGAAAUAUGCGCCUCUAGUGGCUGUCCGGAUUAACCCCAAAUGUAAACAUAGCAGAUUCUCUGCACCCAGGCCACUUGAUUGAGCUGAUAUGGUCUGAGUGACUAUAGUGUCCCUUUAACAAAAAAAAGCAAAUGCACUUACCUUAUAUCCUGUGGUGCGCUGGUCUCCAUGCUGCUGGCCCUCUCUCCUUUGCUGAGAUCAUCAAUCUUGAUGAUUUCUGGCAAUCUAAUGCUUCCCCAUAAGUAAGCAUUGGGAGGCCAGUAUGCAUGCAUGGCAAAAUAUUGCACUACACCACUCAGCAUCUCCUCAUGGUAAUGCUUUCUUUCAGUGCAUAUCUAUGGGGAGCAUUUGGCGUCUCCAUGCAGAGUGUGGGGAUGUUGAAUGUUGGUCCUGAAAUCUUUGCUGGAUCAAAGCCAGGAAGUCACACUCGUGGCUGUCAGAUUGACCGUCACUAGAUGUGGUCAUAGGCAGCCGCAUUUUUUCUCAGAAAAAAAGUGUUUACAAUGCUCAUCCUGCAGGGUCAGGCCAGAUGACCAGUGCUUAACCCCUUAAGGACACAUGACAUGUGUGACAUGUCAUGAUUCCCUUUUAUUACAGAAGUUUGGUCCUUAAGGGGUUAAAGGGAUAGUCUGCUUUUUUAUUUUGUUUUUUUUAAAGAAAUAAUUACCUUCAUGCUUAAUGCAGAAAGCACUUUCCUGCCUCCUUCAUUUGCACUGCACUGCCUUUUCUCUUCAGGGUGUAGCUCUAUUUGGGAAGUACAUACAGGUAAUUCAAGGACGCAUAAUAUACAGGUAAUAUAUGGACAUGCAACUUUGUUGGGUUAGUUUUUAGGUCAAUGAUAACAAUAAUGUUAUCAGACUACUAAAAUGGUAUGAUACUGAUUUGAUAAAGCUGACUGCAGGCAAAACACCUCUUGGAAAGCAUAGGAGGAUUCUUUAACUCUUGUUUUUUAAUUGUUAUAUUGUUGAUUUCAUUUUUUAUGAUUAAUAAAUAGUAAUUUUUAGAACCUUCCUAUAAAGUCCAUCUAACCUAUUAAUCCAGUUUGUAAAGAAGGGUUUGUGUCCCUUCUUUUGACACAAGGGUCUUCAAACUUAGAGCCAAGUAUCAUAGGCUCUAAGAAAGGUAAGCGGUUUGCAAUACUAUAUAUUGUUCACUAUAUUUGGAAAAUAUAUUGCACAAGGAGUACUUUUUCUCCCCCUUUUUUUUUCUCUUUUCAAGUUUGACAAAAUACAGAGGAAGAGGGGCAGUGCCACCAUAGUACACAUCAGCUGAUGUGAUGAGAACCUGUCCUCUAUCCAAUGUGAGUGUGUCCAUUAAAAAGCACAAAUUAUUACUUUAAUAUUGGUAAUAUUACACUAUGUGUGUGUUUGUAUUUUUUAGGUUACACAACCUUUUAAAAUUUGGGGUAAGUGUUUUUAGCCUAUAGCGCUCCACUAUUACUGGGAUGAGUGUAUAUACACCACACAGUUGAGUUUUAUUGGUUUAGUAACGUUGUGUAAAGGUGGGAGGUAUUUACACAUAGGUGGCAACAGCUGCUUUGACUUAAUAUCUGGAUUUUGCACUUUUAAAGUGCCUGUUGCACAAAUACGCACUUGUAUCAGACUACUAAAAUGGCACUAUCACUUUUGACUUCUUUAUAAUGACAAAUUGUUUAUGAAAAACACACAGUGACUGCAUUGAAUCAGAAUCAGAAGAUUGAAACGAGGCAGAAUACCGUCUAAUUUAGGAAUAGGUAACUUUCGGGUGCAGUGCCGAAGGUUGCCUAUACCUAAUCUUAUCUCAUGUAGGAGCCAGUUUUGGUAAUAUGUUGAAAUGGACAGAGGUGCUGCCGCCAAAUCCUGUCUGACUUCUGAUUGUGCAGGUGCAAGAUUAUUAAUAAAGAUCCCACAGUAUCUUCUACAGACCCUUGUUUUGUACUGUCACUGUUUAACAGAUGAAGCUGCUAGGAGCUGACUAAGUGGAGAACUAAGAUUAUGGCUGUGCCUAACCGCGAGAGGUUCAGGUAAGUAUAUGUACCUGAUAGUGGUGCUUAAACGAUCACUAUAGGCACCCAGACCACUUCAGCUCAAUGAAGUGGUCUGGGUGCCAGGUCCCUCUAGGGUUAACCCUGCCUGCUGUAAACAUAGCAGUUUCAGAGAAACUGCUAUGUUUACAUAUGGGUUAAUCCCGCCUCUAGUGGCUGUCUCAUUGACAGCCGCUAGAGGCGCUUCUCACUGUGAUUUUCACAGUGAGAAGACGCCAGCGUCCAUAGGAAAGCAUUGAGAAUGCUUUCCUAUGGACUGACUUUGCACGCGGCUCUUGCCGCGCAUGCGCAUUCAGCCAAUGACGUCCAAAGGAGGAGAGUACCCAGCGCCGAGGGAGCCCGGCGCUGGAGAAAGGUAAGUGUUUAACCCCUUCCUCCAACUUCAGCCUGGCGGGAGUGGGACCCUGAGGGUGGGGGCACCCUCAGGGUAAUAUAGUGCCAGGAAAACGAGUUUGUUUUCCUGGCACUGUAGUGGUCCUUUAACAACAGCAACCAACUCUUGACCACCAAAUUGCAUAAUUUAAAUGUAUAUAUCCUCCUGGGAACCGAAGAAAACAUUGUCUUCAAAUAUGCCAUGCAUUUUUUAUGAAAAGAAAGAGGAAGUUCCAAGCAUCCCAGCCUUUCACAUGACAUAUUACUGGAAAGCCCAGGAUGCCCUCAAUAUAGUAGGGAUUGGUAGAGUAGUUCAAAAGAAUAAAAGGAGAUGCAUGUGAACUAUAUGUCCAGUACAGAGGACACAAGUUAAUGGGCUGGGUCUCAGGAGUAUCUAAAACAUUACCUCUAAUAUGCAAGUUAAUCCCAGACAAGGGUACCAAUGCAUCAAUAACUUUAUAGCUGUGUUAACAUCUGUAUAUUGCUAUAACUCUGCACAACUACACGUAUGUGUAGGAGAGAAGAUGUUAAAGGGACUCUCCAGGCCGCCCUUUUUACUCACCUGGUUCCAGUGCCGGGAGGCUCGUGAAGCCGCGCCCCCUAUUUCGUCAAAAUGACGAAAUAGGCGGGCGCGAGCAGGGAGCAAUCAGAUGCUUACAUUUGGAAGCGUCUUUGCUCCCUAGUGCGCAUGCGCGGCUUCGCUGCACAUACUUGAAUGCCGCCCUAUGAAGUCCUGUGUGCACUACCGCGCAUGUGCGCAGUGUGCGUGGCCACGAGCUGAGCUGACUGACAGCUCAGCUCGCGGUCUUUGCCCACCCCCUCUCCUCUGCUGACAGGCAGGAGAGAGAAGGCGCGCACACAGUGCCUUCUCUCUCCUUCACACGUCAGACGUAUUUUAAUACGUCUGAUGUGUACAUGGCCUUUUUAGGGCCAUACAUGAUAGGAAGUCCCUCUGGUGGCCUUCUGAGUGACGGCCACUGGAGGUAUUCCUAUCAGUCAAUCAAUGUAAACACUGUACUUUCUCUGAAAAUACAGUGUUUACAUUAGACUGCCUGCAGGGAGCUAUAAAUCUCACCUGAACAACUACAUUAAUCUGUAGUUGUUCAGGAGACUAUAGUGUCCCUUUAAUUGUGAUCUCUCUACUUUAUAAAUCCGUCGGACUGCCAGAGGUAUAUGUGCUGUUCAUUGCAGCAUUUGAGGUACUCCUUAAGUUGAAUUAGGGCUGGCUAAUAACAGGCAGGUUUCUACAUUGCCCACAGAUCCAGACAGUUUGGUUAAAAAGUGCCACUUUGCAUAGGACUAAUGUCCAUUUAAAUUUAGCUGACAUGGUAGUUUCAGCACAAGUAGUUCAGAAAGGUGAUGUAGGAUUAUUACUUCACGUUUAAAAAGACAUUAUAGUUGCUAGCUAAGGAAUGGGAAAGGAGAAGAUAUUUCAGUUUUCCUGAAUGUUGCGAUAUUUUUGUUGUAUGAAGUAAAUGCAGUCUUUAAUAUUUUUAACCUAUAGAUUGUAAGCUUGUUUGAGCAGGGUCCUCUUCAACCUAUCGUUCCUGUAAGUUUUUCUAUUUAUAAUUAAAUCUCCCCCUCUUAUAAUAUUGUAAAAUGCUACGGAAUCUUUUGGCACUAUAUUAAUAAUAAUAAUAAUAAUAGUGCUGGGCUUAUAAUUUAUAACAUGAAUAUUACAACAUUAAUUAUACAAUACAUUCUUUAUAAAACAAAUUUAAAACAUGGCUGUUGUUCUUAAUGGGCACUCUAAGCACCCUUGCCUGUGCUGCUUGCAUUGAUUAUUGUGAUCCCCUGUCUCCCUGUGCAUAAUUACUUAUUGUACAAAGAUCUCCCGUCUCACUGAGCACAAUUGCUUAUAACUGUAGCGAUUUACAAAAAUAUCUACAUCUAUAAGCUCACCUUCAAUAAUAGAAGUUUUAUUUCAUUCUCUGCCUUACCAAAUACUUGUACAGUAAAUGCACCUAUUUGUGAAUGGGGCUUUCAUUAACAUACUAGCUGAUACAGUGAAACUGUUUUAGUUUAGGUAGCUAUUCUUAUUACCCUAUGAUGAAUUAAAUUGCUACCAUGUGCUCAUGUAGAAUAAGGUGAGUCUCCUUUUUUUCAAAUUACUUUAAAAAAAAAAAAAAGCAUUCAAAAUGUAGGUCACUUCCAGCAUGGAUUUUAACAGUAUGGAUGUUUGAAUAAUUGUAAUUAAAAUAUACUAGCAUUUAUAUUGUAUUGUAACUGUCACCAAAAAACAACCUGGGGUAUUUUAAUAUAUGAAGGAUGAAAAUUGCUAAGCACCAUAUGAGAAUAAUUUUCUAAUUUUGUUGGUCUUUUUUUCACUCUCAUUUUUGUUUAUACUAACUGUUGUUAUUGUUACUGUUCUUAUUAUUUUUAAUAGUUUUUUCUUAUCAUUUUUAUAUGCCUUUUUUUGUAACAUUUAUCUUGUCUAAAUGCAUAUUCUAUGUCCAGAAAUAAUUUUCUUCCCCA